GUCACUUCUGUUUUAUCUCUGGACGUGUAAACUGAAUAUCGCCUAUUGAAAGAUGUCGGCUGAAGAAAGUGAAAAAAUGGAAAUUGACAACGUUUCAGAUAAAGACAAAGCUUCGUAUAAAUCAAGCGAUAGCGAAGGUGAAUCUUCAGAUGACAUGUCAGACAAUGACGAGGAGCUUGAAAAACAGGCUGUAGGCUUUGAAAAAAAGGUUGAAGAGAAUCCAUAUGAUUAUAAUUCAUAUGUGGAGCUUAUAAAACUUCUCCAAAAGAUGGCUGAGAUAGAAAGACUUCGUAGAGCAAGAGAGAAGAUGAGCAGACAUUUUCCAUUGACUCCAGAAUUGUGGAUCUCUUGGCUGCAAGAUGAGAUUAGCCUAGCAGCUUCAGAUGUGGAACGUAGUGCUGUCAUUGAGCUGUUCGAGAGGGCUGUUCAGGACUAUCUUUCUGUUGAUCUCUGGUUGGAGUAUGCUCAGUUCAGUAUUGGAAACGUGGGACUACAGGCUGGGGUUCAGACAGUUAGAAAUACAUUUGAACGUGCUCUUACAGCAGUUGGUCUUCAUGUUGCUAAGGGAGCUAUUCUGUGGGAGGCAUAUCGUGAGUUUGAGAAUGUAAUCCUGGGAAUGUUACAGUCCAAAGCUGAUAACACUGUCUUAAGUGAGAGUCAGCAACAGGAAUUAGCUACUCAGAAGAAACGCUUGGUUACCAUUUUUCGUCGCCAGUUGGCUUGUCCACUGCUUGACAUGGAGGACACGUACCAGGAGUUCACUGAGUGGCUGAAUGAAGAGCCAAGCAGAAGAGAUGAAGUAGACAUAAAGAAUGUUGAAUCUGGUUUCAAGAAAGCACUCCAGAAACUGAGCAAGAUCCUUUCUUAUGAGGAAAAUUUGCUGAGCUGUGAUGAUGCCAGCAGAGCUGAUCAUUAUCGAACUUACCUCCAGUAUGAAAUGUCUGGGGAGGAUCCAGCUCGAGUUCAGUGUCUGUACGAACGAGCUGUUGCUGAGCUUUGCCUUGAUGCUUCAGUGUGGCUUGAGUACAUUGAAUAUUUGGAUACCACACUCAAGAUAGACACUGUUGUUUUACCUGUUUGCAAACGGGCAGUUCGCAAUUGUCCUUGGAGUUCUCCAUUGUGGCAGCAUUAUCUGACAGCUCUUGAGAGAUAUAAAAAGCCGUUUGAUGAGGUUAAAGAUGUAAUGGAGCAAGCAUUGUCAGUAGGGUUCAGUACUGCUGAAGAUUAUCGCGACUUGUGGUUGGGUUAUAUUGACUAUAUGAGACGAAGAGUAGACUGGAAUACAGAACCCCAGUCGACAGAGCUGGCAGAACUGAGAGGAGUGUUCAAUAGGGCUUGUGACCAUCUUGCACAGUAUUAUGGGCUUCAAGGUGAUCCUAGCUGUGACAUUUUACGUUACUGGGCUCGCAUUGAAGCUGUAUAUUGUAAGAACCUGGAGAAAUUCCGGCUUUUAUGGAAUGACAUUCUCAGUCAGGGACAUGACAAGACAGCAGCCAUGUGGCUUGAGUACAUUCAGUUGGAGAGGGCAUUUGGUGACAGCAAACACUUGAAGCGUUUGUUUCCACGUGCCCUUACGUGUACCCAGGACUGGCCAGAGAGCAUUGGGAUUGCAUGGCUCAAUUUUGAAAGAGAUGAAGGCACAUUGGAUUCAUAUGAAUUUUGUAUGACAAAAUACAAAUCAAGAAUGAAACAGAUAAAUGCCCAGAGGGAAAGAACAGCUGCAAAAGAAGCAGAAGUAACUGAAAAGGGAGAGAAGUGGAAACACCAAAAACAGGAUAGAGGCAAGAAACAGAAUCCCAGGGAUGCUUGGAAAAAGAAGCAUGAAACAGAAGGCAAAUGGGCAGCAGUAGCACCAAAGUCUGUAGUCAGAAAAUCUAGUUUAAAGGAUAUUGCUGAAACAGAGUCCAGUGUUUCAAAAGAGAGUCAAGCAGUUGCACCUCCACCAGGUUAUGAAAAGCAGGAGAUAACUGAUGAUGUUUCUGAAGAACCACCUACCAAAAAAUUUAAAUCAGACAAUGUGGAAUCAGAACAUGGAGUUUCAGUAGCACAUGAUUCCUCCAAAGAUAACCAUACUGUGUUUGUCAGUAAUUUGGAUUAUUCUGUGGAUGAAGCUACAAUAAAGGAGUUCUUCUCUUCUUUGGGAACUCUCACAGACCUUCGUUUGGUGAAGGAUUUUAAGGGUCGGUCUAAGGGUUACUGCUAUGUUGAAUUCUCUUCAUCUAGUGAAGCACACGCAGCUUUGAAAAAAGAUCGUGAAUGCAUUGAUGGACGACCAAUGUUUGUUUCGAGGUGUGAGUCAGAUAAAGAUACAAGGCAGCGUGGUUUUAAAUACAACACAACACUGGAGAAGAACAAACUUUUUGUGAAAGGUUUGCCUCUUACUAUGACAAAGGAAGAACUUGAGGGAGUGUUUAAGUCAUAUGGUUCACUGAAGGAUGUUCGAGUUGUCACUUUUCGGAAUGGACAUUCAAAAGGAUUGGCAUAUGUCGAAUUCCGUGAUGAGGCAGCUGCUGCACAUGCAUUAAUAAAAACAGAUGGAAUGAAGAUAGGAGACAGAACUAUCAGUGUGGCCAUCAGUAAGCCACCCGAGAGAAAGCUGAAGCCAUCUGAUACUACACAGUCACUCUCUGUCAAGUCGUUAGGAGGAGGUCCUAAAAGUACUGGCUCACGUGGACGUGGUCGAACACAGAUGUCGCUACUUCCAAGAUCAUUGCAAAUAUCUCAAAAUACAGCAGCCACAACACCAUCAUCUACUGCUAUACCUUUCAGUAAUACUGCCACUAGUAAUGGAAGUAAUAGCAACAGUGCAACGAAUGGAGAUGGUGCUGGAGAUACACAGAAACAAAUGAGCAAUUCAGAUUUUCGACAGAUGCUGCUUGGAACUAAGAAGUGAGAUACGAAUUCAGUAUACUGCAUUGCAGUGUUAUUUUUUGAACAGAUCUCUCCCUUAUCAAAAAGUACACAGCAAUUCGGGUGUCUUUUCUUCCCAAGUGACUUGUCAGUAAUUUCACAGCCAUGUCUAGAACAGUUGUUUGAUCUACUCACCUGCCUGUCCUGUGGGUACCAGGAGCUCUUUCAUUACUGGGGUUUUGUUUCCAUGGCCCAGUAUGCACAUUUACGUUGUAGUGUUUGGGCACAGACCUUUUUACCUGUACUGAAUAAAUACAGUUACAGUAACUGGCACCGCUAGUAGAUAUGGAGGUUGUGACGUUAGAUAUUAUUACUCUUACUGAAUAUUGUGUCCCCUACGUGCUCCAAAUUAAAGGAGAUUUGGUGAUGUAAAUUAGAUUUGGAAUUAUUGAUAACAAGGAAUUAUAAGUUAAUUAAAUUGCCAGUGCCAUUUGCACCAGAUUCUAACCUGUCAAUUUGCAGAUCAGAUGAAACCAUUUAUUUAGUGUAUUAAAUAUUUUCAUAUAUAGGCAUGUACAUACCUAAUAUUUACUGUAUAAAAUUGGUUAUUUCACGUACAGUACUAAAAUAUUUGCAUGUUACACAUUAUUUCUUAUUUACUAUCAUUGUCUUAUAUUUAUGUACUUGUGUUAGAAUUGUAGUUUAAUUUCUUUAGUAUAUAUUGUAGAAAUACAUCAAUGAUAACAUUUACACGAUAGUUAAAUUAGUGAAAACCUAAACCAUUUGAAACUCCUACAAAUCAAAAAAUAUUGAUAAUUAGUGAGAUUUAUUUUUAUUUUGUGUUUGUUAUGUACACAAUCUCUAUAAGUACCAUAUUUUUUUGAGACGUCUGCCAAUUGUGAUCUAACUAUAAUAUCACAUGCUAAACUUUGUGCCACAUUUGAAACUUCUCAUUGUGAAUGUGAACUGAUAAGUUUUCUUAAAGGUUGCCAACUAAGGAUAUGAACAUGUCAAAAAAGUGAGAAGCCGUUAAGAAUUUAGAAGUUUUAGGGGUACUCCAUGAAGUCUUCACAGGCAGUCAGCUACACUUGGUGAUUUGUUAUGACCACCUGACAUGGCUGAUUGCCUGUGAAGACUUCAGGGAAUUUAGUCACCAUGAAAUGUUUUAGAGGUAAUGUUCGGAGAUUUUUGAAGAAAGGAAAGGAAAUUUUUGUUGAAAUGGAUUGUAUGCAAAAAUAGAAAUAAGCAAUCAUAAAUUGUGGAGUGUAAGUUUAAUGGAAUAAAAUAAGUACUUCAAGCUGGAA